GGGGCGGGGCCUGCAGGCGUCGCGCGGCAGCGGGCACGCGCAGUCGCUGCCAUGGCGACGGCGGCGGAGGAGCAGGGUCGGGCCCGGGCCCGGGAGGAAGGCCCGGAUGGGGCCCGGGAUGAGGCCGCAGCCGGCGCUGAGGAGACGGUGAAGAUUAUCUGCCUGGGCGACAGCGCCGUGGGGAAGUCCAAGCUGCUGGAGCGGUUCCUGCUCGAUGGCUUCCGCCCCCAGCAGCUCUCCACGUUCGCCCUGACGCUGUACCAGCACCGCGCCCGGCUGGGCGGGCAGGAGAUCCGCGUGGACUUCUGGGACACGGCGGGCCAGGAGCGGUUCCGGAGCAUGCACGCCUCCUACUACCACCAGGCCCAUGCCUGCAUCAUGGUGUUUGAUGUACAGCGGAAGGUCACCUACAAGAACCUGAACAACUGGUACAAGGAGCUGAGGGAAUUCCGCCCAGAGAUUCCAUGCAUUGUAGUGGCCAACAAGAUUGAUGCGGAUAUGAAGGUGACCCAAAAAAGCUUCAAUUUUGCCCGGAAGUUCAGUUUGCCCUUUUACUUCGUGUCUGCUGCCGAUGGCACCAACGUGGUGAAGCUCUUCAACGACGCCAUCAGACUGGCUGUGGCUUACAAACAGCACUCGGGAGACUUCAUGGAUGAGGUCCUGCGGGAGCUGGAGAGUUUUGAUCUACAGAACACAAGCAAGGAUUUGUCAGAUAAAGGGAAGAGCUGCACUGAAGAGGAGCCCUCAUCUGCCUAGGCCUGGACCCUGAGCCUGGUUUUCCCUUGGCUCUGGACUUCUGGGGCCUGCACAGAGCACGGUGAUGUUUCUCGUGCUCUAGAGCUGUGGUGCUCUGGGCAGCUGGGUCUCGUCCCUCCUUGUGGGAGCCUACCUGGGCAGGAUCUUCCUUGGCUCAGCCCUCACUGCUGCACAUUUCGCUCAGGAGAGGGAUGGGAGAAUCCACAUGAUUCUACAUGGAUGGUUGCUCAUUCCUAGUGCUCCUUUAGGACAGAGCUGGCCAGGAGAACUGAGCCAUCUUGCACCUGCAGGAAGGAUCCUGCCCAGAUGCUGUAGUGGUAGCUGCUGCAGAAAGCAAACACUAAAGGAGUUUUUCUACAAGGCUAUGAUAUGGCAUCUUCCCAGCAUUGCUGCUGUAAGGAGACAGGUCCCAGGUGGCAUAAGGCCACGGCCCAGCCCAGCCUGCUGCCAGCUGAGCCGCUACUGCCUCGGUCCACCCAUGGCUUCUGCUGCAACAUCCCUGGGCUCCCGUUCCCAUUCUGCCCUACAACAGCCAGAUCCCAUGGGCUGCUGAGCACAGGGGGUUUCUUCUCCCAGGUCCAGAUGGCUGACACAGGCGGGCCCACACCCUCGGGCUGGUUCUGUCCCAGCUGGUUGGAUGUGGCCAUGGCUCGUGUCUUUGUGUGCAUGAUGCUGCAUUCCAGAGAGCUGGAUACACACACAUACAGUCACGGAAUCACAGAAUGGUUUGGUUUGAAAAGGACCUUAAAGUUCAUCUCAUACCACCCCCUGCCAUGGGCCAGGACACCUUCCACUAUCUCAGAUUGCUCCAAGCCCCAUCCAGCCUGGCCUUGGACACUUCCAGGGAUCUAGGGGCAGCCAAACCUUCCCUGGGCACCCUGUGC